ACUCCGCUUCCUGCCUUGAUGGACAACCUCGUUGAUUUUCUCACGUCCAACUUGUCUUCAAGAAUCCUACCUUGCACUUCUCGUGUCACCUCGAACUGAUUCCGCAGCUGACAAGUCGCACACACCUUUUGACAAAACGCGAUCACCCACAGCAAGCAGUAUCUAAUAACACGACUAGAAGAUUGACAACACACAGCGGGCCUCUAUGUCUGACCUACCAACAUUAAAAUGGGGGCUUGUCGGUGCGUAGCAAAGCUCGGAACAGAGAACCGCUGAAAACCUGACUCUGCCACCAGGGACUGGUACGAACUGCUCACCCGGCCACCAACACCUUGAUCAAGAGCUCACUUCAUAUGACAGGAAUGAUCAGUGAAUGGUUCGUUACCGAUGUACUCCAGCCUCAAUGGCCAGGAAAGAGCGCCCAUCAUGUCAUAGCAGCAGUCGGAAGCUCGAGCUUGGAGAAAGGCCAGGCAUUUGUGAAGAAGCACAUUCACGCCCUGCGUCCCGCCGCCCAGCCCAAUGUUUACGGAUCCUAUCACGAAGUUUAUCAGGACCCAGAAGUGGAGUGUGUGUACAUUGGCACUCCUCACAGCUUCCACAAGCAGAGCUGUCUAGAUGCCAUUGCUGCUGGCAAACAUGUUCUGUGUGAGAAGCCAUUCGCCAUGAACGCUGGAGAGGCUGCUGAGGUCUUCGACGCGGCCAAGAAGGCCAAUGUAUUCAUCAUGGAGGCCAUGUGGACUCGGUUCUUUCCGCUGGUCAAAGAGCUACAGCGCCUACUAUUUGAUGAGCACAAGGUAGGCAGGAUCUACCGGACCUUCUGCGACUUCGGUUUGGAGCUCGAUAUCGCCAGCCUACCAGCAAACAGUCGCUACAAAGACCCUGCACUUGGCGCUGGAAGCUUGCUAGACAUUGGCAUCUAUUCGCUGACCUGGGGAAUUAUUACCUUAACCAACCGAGUGGGCGAUGAUGCAGUCGAUCCAGACGUUCAGAGUACGCAAACGCUAGAGCACGGAGUCGAUGUGGCUAGCUCUAUCUUGCUACGAUAUCCCGGUGAUGGUAGACAGGCGAUCUGCACCUCUACUACUAACGUGCCGUCCAAGUACAACUUCUGCAGGGUCGAGGGUUCGUUAGGGACUCUGAAGAUUCACGGUCCUGAGCCGAGCCAUCCGGAAGGCUUCACGUUCUUCCCGAAAGGCAAUGGCCCACCGGAGCACUUCGAUUUUCCUAAGCCAGGACGCGGAUUCUUCUGGGAAGCUGAUAGCGUUGCUGCGGACAUCACGGCAGGACGCACGGAAAAUGCGAUCAUGCCACAUUCAGAGACUUUGCGUCUAAUGCGGAUCAUGGAUGGCGUGCGACAACGAGGAAACGCCAAGUUCCCUGUUGACGAUUGGGAAUAACUUCACUAUAACGGCAAUUUGGAGUUGACCCGUUCGACUGCUUGACAGUAUAUCCAGCAUAGCACCGGUGAUAGCACAAUUAAGCUUUCGUUCCUGGGAAAGUAGUCUGUCACUUUAGCCGGGAGCAUGAGUGCGUUGCUUGGCUCUUUUUGGCAUUUGGCGAUGCAGCUCAUGCGUUGGCUCUGCAACGGUGUCGCGCAUGGCUCGUGUCAAUGGA